GCGAUAGAUGUCAGUCGAUACGGAAAUUUCACAGAAAAUCAUUUGCAGGCAUUAUGCUUACCGCCUAAGAACUUAAAUGAAAACAUAAUUUGUAAUAUAAACCGAUUGACAGAAGAGUAGAAUUUGUUCCCUCAACAUCAAAAUAUGGCAGGCCAGCGCAAUGUUGAUUCAAAGUUUGUCCUAAAAGAAGUCAGCUAUGGCAUAGACCUCUUGAAAAAUUUGAAUGAUAUGAGAAUAAAGAGAUUGUUUACAGACACAAUACUGUGCUUAGGACAGGAAGAGUUUCCAUGCCAUAAAAAUAUUCUGUCAGCUAGCAGUCCUUAUUUCCAUGCCAUGUUCACAAAUGAUGUGAGAGAAAACAGGGACAUACGGAUAUAUUUUGAUGAUAUAUCGCCUUGGACAUUCAAGAGAAUAUUAGACUAUGUUUACACUGGUAGAUUGGAGAUCUCUACUGACAAUGCUCAAGAAAUGCUAGCUGCUGGUUGCAGGUUUCAGUAUCCUGCCAUUGUUGACGGCUGCUGUAAAUUUUUACAAAGCGAACUUCAUCCAUCCAAUUGUUUGGGCAUUUACUACUUUGCACACAUGCAUUCUUGUAAAGAACUUGAAGACAAUUCAUGGAAAUAUGCCCUUGAGAACUUCUCUAUGCUUGUCCAGUAUGAUGAAUUUUUGGAAGUUUCUCUUGAACAGUUGAUGCGGUUUGUUUCUAGUGAUUUGAUCGAGGUACGAAAUGAGGAAACAGUGUACAAUGCUGUGAUUCGCUGGAUCAAGUUUGAUGUUGAGGAACGAAAACAAUACAUGAUGCAAUUAAUGCAAGAAGUGAGAUUACCUGUGAUUAACAUCAACAACCUAAAAAGCAUGGAAAAUGAGCCUCUAGUUCAGAGCUGUGAAGGCUGCAUAGGACUGGUUCUUGAGGCAGAGGUGAAACAUGAAACUAUUCAUGAUCGUUAUGGGCGUAGGAGACGAAGCAUGCAGGAUACUCAGGUCCACCCUCGACCUUCCACUAUAGCGAAGGAGGUCAUAGUUGUUGUUGGGGGAUUGAACGGGUUUGUCACAAGAACUGUGGAGAUGUUUGAUCCCCAGAAAGACACAUGGAUGUCCUUGCCUGAUUUCCCGAAACCAGUGACAUGGUUCAGUGUGUCGGCUGUAGUCAACUGCAUCAUAGUAGCUGGAGGGAUAACAGAUGGAAGAAUAGUCAAUAGUGUCUGGAAGUUUGACACACUUGGAAGAGAAUGGCAUGAAAUCUCCCACUUAACUCACCCACGAGCAAAGCAUUCCUCCGCUGUGCUACAUGACAGAUUGUAUGUGUUUGGAGGAGUGACAUUCACUGCAAAUUUUGAUGUUGUUGAUCAGGGUUGCAUUGAAUGUUUUGACCCUGCUACAAACACAUGGUCUGUUGUUGGCCACUCUUCAUUUCCCAGAACUCUGUCCAAAAUUGUGCCAUUUGGUAACUUGUUAGUUGAAGUGGGUGGGCAGCAGGGGGAGGCUAAAGUCAACACAAUGGAGUGUUAUGAGGGCUCACAAGACAACAUCUCCAUCAAAACACUCAGUGAACACUUCAUCUUGCCAGAGGCCAUCCAACAUGCUCAGAUUGUUGUUCUCAAUGGUGUGUUUUACAUCAUCUGGGAGGACACAAAGAAAGUCAUUACCUUAGACCCAGAGAAGCGUACAUUCCAGAGAUUGCCUGACCUUCACUACAGUCACAAAAGUAGUGGUGCUACCGUCCUGAAGGACAAGAUCUAUGUGCUAGGCGGGAUGACUGACAAUCCCAGAGGUGGAGGCGCAGAUUCACAUGCUUGUACAAUUGUUGAGUGUUAUGAUCCAGAGACAAAAACUUGGUCCCUAGAGAAACCAAUGCAGGAAUCACGUGGCUUUCAUGGCUGUGUUACAGUAAAUAUGUGAUGUAGGCUGAUACAUUUUCUAGAUUUAUUCAUUCGAUUCAAAUCUCAUUAGACAGUAUUUUAUAGGUUGAAAUACUAAUUUGAAAUAUUUUUUUCUGCUAUCACAUUCCUUGUUGUACAUCACAGUACAACAUGUAAUCUUAAGUCUCAGCAAAGAAGGCCAAUUAAUUUUAAUAAGUUCAAAUACCGAAUCUUAUCUGUAUUUAUUUGUAAUAUUUGAAUUAUACUAACACAACUCGUAAACAAAAAGGAACUGCAAAGAACUUAAAAAUUAUGAUCAUUAAAUUUUAAUAUGCACCCAAAUAUAACUGGACUAUAAGUUAACUGUAUGUUACCUUAUACUUCUGCCAUUUAUAUUUUAUCAGUAUUAUUUCGAUAUUUAUUUGUUUUACGCUACAAUACAAUAAAUACAUUUGGAGUGUUGUUUGCCAUUGUUACAAGUUUGAAUGUGUGUUGCUGUAUUUGUUGUUUUUUGAGGUGCUAAUCACAUGGAAACAGCGUUAAAUGAGUGUCUGGACCAAUACUAUUUGUUCAUCCUGAAUAUUGUUUUCUAGCAUGAUACCUGUGAAACAUUCAAUUCAAUGAAUUUUAAAAUUGAACAAUCAGAUACAUAAUGACCUGGAAGGUGCAUGAUGAUAUUUGUAACAAACAGUUGUAUGAGGUUGUCAUUAUUGCCAGUACACAUAGACAAUAAUUGUUUCAGUGUCUGAUUGCAACGUAUUUCACUGAGUGAGCACUGGAAGUUGUAUUUCAUGCUUGUACUGCAUACUAAAUUAUAAUUGAUUAGCUUUUUAUUGGAAAACUUAACUAGGUUUUAGUCUGAAAUUACCUUAUUUUAUUAUUAUAAAGUUAUUCUAUUUACCAGAGCCAGACAGAUCCUAAAUAUUAUCUAUUUUGAAUCUGAUUUGCUAUUUUCAUUAACUAGCUUUUAAUUUCUUCCCGAUGUUUCAUGAAUUGGUGUUAACUGGUCUGGUUUCUACUACCUGUGGCUAUCCGAUGUACUUCUGACCAGUGUUAGUAGUAUUUGCUGUUGCUGUUAACUGUAUAUUGUGUGAAUGUAAUAUUAAUGAGACAGUUAAACUGUUACAUUAAAUGGUAUUGUUAUUGAUAAUAAAAAUGUCUGCACA